UCCAACGGCCCUGUUGUCACAUCGACAUCAUGGCGUAGGGAUGUGUCGGGGCGUCGGGUUGUUCUGGUGGGCACGCAGAGGUUCAGAAAGUAUAUUUUUUGUGGACUUUUGUCUUCGUGGUCGCAGGAAGAAGCUAACGAAAGGUUGAAUUUAUUCCACUAAAGUUGAGGUUGAGCUGUGACUAAAGAUGAUGUCUGAUGCGAGCGACAUGUUGGCUGCUGCCCUGGAGCAGAUGGAUGGCAUCAUAGCAGGCUCCAAAGCCUUAGAUUACUCCAACGGUUUGUUUGACUGCCAGUCGCCUACCUCUCCCUUCAUGGGGGGUUUAAGGGCGCUUCAUCUACUGGAAGACCUGAGGAGUCUCCUGGACUUGAUGGACACGGAGGAAAGGGAAAGUCUUCGCUGUCAAAUCCCUGACUCCACAGCCGACAGUGUGGUGGAGUGGCUCAACGGUCACCUGUCCAACGGCCACAUUUCUGUUGGCGGAGGCGAUCACUACCAGGAGAGGCUUUCUCGGCUGGAGAGCGAUAAGGAGUCUCUGGUACUUCAGGUCAGUGUGCUGACCGACCAGGUGGAAGCUCAAGGAGAGAAGAUCCGUGAUCUGGAUUUGUGUUUGGAGGAGCACAGGGAAAAACUCAAUGCUACAGAGGAGAUGCUUCAACAAGAACUUCUAUGCAGAACUGCCCUGGAGACUCAGAAGCUUGAACUAAUGUCUGAAGUGUCCAACCUCAAGCUGAAGCUGAACAGCAUAGAGAAGGAGAAACAAGACUUCGAUCAUGGUUUUAGGGACAGCGAUGAUCUGAUUCUUGAAAUAAAUGAACUGCGGUACAGAAUGAACGAUCUGGAGAAUGAAAAACUACAGUAUGAAAAGAAGCUCAAAUCCACAAAAUCUCUAAUAGCCAAGCUUUCUAGCCUGAAUACAAUGGUCCAGAUGCAUGAUGAGAAACAGAGGAACAGGCACAGACUUGAGGCUCUGAAGGACGAGCUCAUCGUGUUGAGGAGAGAGCUGGAGGGCAAAGAUGGAGAGGUGAAGAAACUACACGAUGAAACGGGUUUCAAACUACUCUCCUCCGGCGGGGCUGACGCCACAGACAGAACUUCUCAUCCAGAUGAAACUCUUAGAAAGAGGCUGAAGGAAAAACAUGUGGAAGUUCAGAGAAUGAAAAAGGCAGUGGAGUCCUUGAUGGCAGCAAACGAAGAAAAGGAUCGUAAGAUUGAUGAGCUGAAGCAAUCGCUUGUGCGGUACAAGAAGGUUCAGGACAUGGUGAUGUCAGUACAAGGGAAGAAAGAGAAAUCAAAUAAUGCAGAAUACAUGGAGAGCCCUAGUGAUGAAUCCAGCGCAUGUUCACCCGCCAACUCUGUGUGUGUGGAGUCUGAAAAGCAGGCGGGGGCGGACGGCGAGCCACUGAAGAGGAAUACUCCUGAGGAGAUGAAGAAUCUAAGUGUGCCGAUUGAAACUCCGUCUCCGAGCCCCACCCAUUCUGACCCAGAACGGGUAUCAGAGUCCACCCCAACAGAAACAGAAAGCAGCCAAGACAUUAGCAGAGCUGACGGGCCUGACCAUUUGGAAAUGAGCAAUAAUGAGAAGGCUACAAAUGAAGAGAUGAGUAAAACGAGGGAAAAGCCCCCCAUCAGUUCCACUGCCCCCUCGCAGUCCUCCACCGAGGACGACAGCUUCGGCUCCAGAAAAGCUCGCUCGUCUUUUGGGAAAGGCUUCUUCAAGAUCCGGGGAGGCAAAAAGACAACCGGCACCCCUAACCUGGACCGCAGCAGGAGUGCGAGUGCCCCUAUGCUAGCCGAAACAGAGCGACAGGGCACCGAUCAUCUAGAUCUGGCCGGGAUUCCUCAGACGUCGUCGAACAACGACAGCACGCAGACACUUCCCACAACUCCUGAAAGUAGGAAGAAAUCUAAAGGAAUCAAGAAACUGUUUGGAAAGCUUAAAAGGAGCCAGUCUACCACGUUUAACCUGGAUGACAACCUGCCUGAUGGGGAGUUCAAGCGGGGUGGAGUACGGGCAACAGCCGGACCCAGAUUGGGUUGGUCCCGCGAUCUCCAAAAAGCCAACAAUGACGUGGACGCCCCCUUUGCUCGCUGGUCUAAGGAUCAAGUGUGCGACUGGCUGCAGGAGCAGGGACUCGGCCUCUACGUGAACAUGGCUCGCGUGUGGAUCUCUUCUGGACAGACGCUGCUGCAGGCCUCACAACUCGACCUGGAGAAGGAGCUGGGUGUCAAACACCCGCUGCACAGGAAGAAGCUGCAGCUGGCUCUGCAGGCCCUCGGCUCUGAAGAGGAGGAUAAUAAGGGGAAACUGGACUACAACUGGGUAACAAGAUGGCUGGAUGACAUUGGUCUGCCUCAGUAUAAGACCCAGUUUGAUGAGGCCCGAGUAGAUGGCCGCAUGCUGCACUACAUGACAGUAGAUGACCUGCUUUCUCUAAAAGUAGGAAGCGUCCUUCAUCACCUCAGCAUCAAGAGAGCAAUUCAAGUUCUCCGUCUGAACAAGUUUGAGCCCAACUGUCUGCGCCGCAGACCGUCAGAUGAGAACAACAUUUCUCCAGCAGAGGUUUCCCAGUGGACCAACCACAGGGUGAUGGAGUGGCUGCGAUCUGUGGACCUCGCUGAAUACGCCCCCAACCUCAGGGGCAGUGGCGUCCACGGAGGGCUGAUGGUCCUGGAGCCUCGGUUUAAUGUGGAGACUAUGGCCCUGCUGCUGAACAUCCCCCCCAACAAGACCCUCCUGCGACGCCACCUCGCCACUCACUUCAGUCUGCUCAUCGGCACAGAGGCUCAACAGCUUAAACAGGAGUGUCUUGAGAACCCUGACUACACCGUACUCACCGCCACCACUAAAGUCAAGCCAAAGAAGCUGCCAUUUAGUAACUUUGGCAGUCUAAGGAAAAAGAAGCAGGAAGAAAGUGAGGAGUACGUUUGUCCAAUGGAUGUGGAGAUGCCAAAGGGACAAAGCUUCCAGAGAGGCUUUGAGCUCCAAAUCUAUGAAGACGACCUCGACCGGCUGGAACAGAUGGAGGACUCUGAGGGGACGGUGAGACAGAUCGGGGCGUUUUCUGAGGGAAUUCAAAACCUAACGAGCAUGCUGAAAGACGACGAGUUCUUUAAGGAGGCUUCACACUCUCCAAACCUGACAGACGAAGACUCGAACGCCUGAGAAUAAACCUGGAUCUUCUGCAGAUGAAACUCUGUGCCAACUCUACAAAGAAAACACCUCCAAUGUUCUCAUAUGUUCAGCGAAGAGCCAAAAGUAUUACGUCGUGUGUUUGCUCGUCGGUCGCUGAGGAAACAUUUUGGACAACGCCACUGUUUGCCAGCUGGUUUCUGGAAAUGAUUCUAAUCGAGCAGAAAGACAAAAAAAACACCAUCGCAGAUUUAAUAUAUGUCUUUUUAAUUUGCCUUUUGACUGUAGGGAUGUAGAGAAGAAGACCUUAUAGCAGUAAUUGUAUGUUUAGAUAAAGUAGUUACUCCAAACUGGCUGCUAAGUUUUUCUACACAACUGAACUGUAAUAGUGUUAACGGUCUUACAUUUGAUCUUUUUCUUUAUGUAUUCAUGCAUUUGCACAUAAAAAUGCACAGCCUGAUGAGAACAGCAUGGAGCUGAGAGCCAUCUGAAGAGUUGGUUUCAUUUUUACACACCUGUGAGCUGUUCCUGGGGGAAAUAAAGGUUUUUUUCCAGUAAUAUUUCUGCAAUAAAAAAUAAUUCGAUGUUCUUAAA